CAAACAUGUGCACUGGAGCUGUCAAGUGAGAAGUGUUGACAAAACUUUUUCGAGUUUAGUUUUAUUAAAAAUACUUAAAAAAUGUGACCAAUACUUGUGAGAUGAGGUAGUUUUGAGCUUCACGCUGGAAUUGUGACGAUGAAGAAAAUCUAUUCACACCAUGUGACUGUAACCUGAGAGGAACAGAAAAUAGAUAAAUGAAAAUUGAGAAAAAAGUCAUUGCCAGGAAUUUAAUUGCCUCGUUCCUAUCAAGGAGUUAGAAUGUGUAUCAGAGUCGGCAGUUUUGUGCCCUGCUGUAAUUUAAUGUAAUUAUCUGGCAAUGAAAUAUCUAUAGAUCACUUUAUUGUGUGAUAUUGGUGGAAGAACAUUUUCUGGGAAGAGUUUGUAUCCAGAGUGAAAGCAUUGGGCAUAUUAAAUUCAAAUAUCGAACCAGUCUGUGCUUUUGACUGGUUUAUCAGAAUGUGUGUUGAAGUGACAUGGGAAGUGCCUCGCAAUUUUACGUGCUAGUGUUCCUCCAAGCAGAGCGCUAGUAACCACCUUUGCACGUGCUUGGAUUUUAUUCAAGCAUCGCAAGGAAAAGUCAUGACGUCGGCCCUGGAGAGAAACGGCCUGAAAUGUAUGAACGCUGCACUGCCGGAUAAUGUUGAAGCGAAACUCUUCUCAGAUGAAGGAAGGAUUUACUAUGUUGAUCACAAGAACCAGGCGUCAUCGUGGCUCCCACCUCGGGAAAACUGGGAUCCAGGAACCCUCGCGCUACCAUACGGUUGGGAGGCUGCGGUCGACAAAAACAAAAGACAAUACUUCAUCAACCAUAUAGAGAACUUCACUACACGAGAUGACCCGAGGGAUGACCCGGAUUAUGAGGAGCCCCCCAAACCGCGCGAAGUUGAGCUUAAUCGUGACCCACAGAAGGGGUUUGGGUUUGUCGCAGGAAGUGAGAAACCUGUUGUGGUCAGAUUUGUCACUGAAGGAGGUCCGAGUGUGGGGAGACUGUUGCCAGGCGACCAGAUCAUCAAGAUCAAUGGGCAGGAUGUGAAGAAAGCACCACGAGAGUUUGUCAUCGAUCUCGUCAGGUCGUGUAAGCAGACAAUCAGCCUGACAGUGUGCCAGCCGUACAGUGACAAUAGCGGUUGGUUGUGUAUGUUACGAGACAUAAUGGCAGACCUGCCUGAUGUUACCAUGGAGGAGUCGUCAAGGAAGUCGGCGUUGCUAACGGCUGCGAAGAAGGAUCGGCUGAAGAAAAACCCAUCACGAGUGCGGUUUGCUGAGGAAGUGAUUGUCAACGGUGCCUCAGUGCCAUCUAACUCACCGGAGGACAACAACAUGUAUGUGCCAUUCAUGCCGAACGUUCUGAAAGUGUUUAUGGAGAAUGGUCAGACCAAGUCCUUCAAGUAUGACACCAAAACCACGGUCAAGGAUGUUGUGAACUCUCUGCAGGAGAAACUGAACAUCAAGGACAUCCACCAUUUCAGCCUUGUUCUUCACAACAUGAAAUCCCAUAUGCCUGCUCGUAUGACCUUACUACAGGAGCAUGAAACUGUUGCCGAGAUUGCCAGCCGCCCAGGUGCUCGUCAUUUCCGAUGUAUGUUCCGGGUGGUGUUUGUCCCGAAAGACUCUUACGAUCUCCUUAAACAGGAUCCCAUCGCCUUUGAGUACUUCUAUAUGCAGUGUGUGAAUGACGUUCUACAGGAGAGGUUGAGCUCGGAGCUGAAACAGGACAUGUUGUUACGCCUGGCUGCACUUCACAUACAGCAGCAUGCAAUGAGCAACAAUAUCACCAAAAUCAACAUCAAAACUGUGGAGAAAGAAUUCGGUCUCGAGAAGUUUGUUCCUGGGUCCAUCAGAGAGGCGUUUAAAGUGAAGGACCUGCGUAAAAUGCUGGCUCAGUGUCUCAAGAUGAACGCUAACCUGACUGCUCCGGGUCAGAAACAACUAACUGCAUUGCAGGCCAAACUCCACUAUAUGAAGAUUAUCAGCGAGAUGAAAACAUUUGGUAGUCGGGUGUUUAUGGUCACGCUAUUGGACAAGAAGACAGAAGCCAUGGUUCUGGUCGGCCCCAAGUCCGGCAUCAGUCUUGUCACCAAUGUUAGAUUCUACACACUUUCCAUGUUAGCAGACUUCAGUGAGGUUCACAGUAUCAAGGUGACGAAAGAAAAAGACAACAUGCACCGUGUUGAGAUUGCCAUCAAGGGAGAUGACCCUGGGUUGUCAUAUCUUGUCAAGAAAAUUGCCUCCCCUCAGACGAGAGAUGCGAAGAUUAAGACGCUAAAUCUAGGCUUGUUGAAGGAGGAUGCAACGAACUUUGUUAGCAUGGUGAACGGAUACUUCCGAAUCUUUGUUGACCCCAACGGGAACCUGAUACAGAGGAACGCCAGCAGGCAGAGCGAAGACCCUGAUGUGCCUUCCUAUGACAGCAAGCACACUGUGGUUGCAGCCCCCUGGAGUUACCCGGAGGACAUUGUUUCCAUGGUAAUAGAGGAAGGGGUGGAGGAGGGAGAGUCCCAACAUGUUGUCGACCUGUCCCGGGGUUCACCAGCGUACGAAGGGAAUGCACAGUUCAUAAUGCAGUUGAAAAAAGAUUUAGGAAUUAAGGCUGAAAAUGGUGAAGCUAGUGUGGAUGUGACAAGUUCAUCGACUGGUUCCAUACAAUUGACUACAGAAUCAGGGGAGACAAGUCAGUCCCCUGCAGUGACAGUAACAGUUUCCACUCCUGGUAAUCUUGUGAAACCAAUACCCUCUAGUGAUGAUAGUUUUAAUACCUCAGCUGAAGCUCAUACCAAAGAAAACAGUGCAAAAUUAGAUAUAAAGGUCAGUAAACCGAAAGUCCCCCAGAAAACUGUGAUAAAGGUGGAGUCCCCUCGGUCCUCCAGUGAGGUGAAGGAAGAUUCAGGGAUACAGUCAAAUGGUGAUCGUGCUGAAACUGAUUCAGUGUCGAGUAUGUCAAACAGUAGCAUGUCACAAACAUCUGGUGGCUCUGACCAGGAUAUGUCACCAUCUGCACCUAAGAGGAAAUAUCAGUCUCCAGUGUUAAAGUCACGUAAACGACACUUAGGCAGUGAGGAGGUGGAAUAUGUGAAUAGUUCUAGAGGGGGACAGCGGGAGGGGUCGGGGAGACUUGGUGAUAUCUCAGGGACCAGUAGACACGAGUUUCACGGCCAAGUGGAAUAUAUGAACAUUUCUCGGAAAAGACAACAAGAUGGGGUUGGAAAUGGCGGGAACAGUUCAGACACUGACAGCGGUGUCGGCGACUCAGAGCGUCAUGGUUAUGGUCUGUUGAACAGUGGGAUGGGAAGGGGGCGUGGACAGAUGGAGGGGGAGGGACUAGCAGACAGCUGGGGACACAAGAGGGAUACAGGUAGCAACCUGCACUCUCAACUCCAUAUAGACCUCAAGGGCAAUGUGAUGAAUGUAAAAACAGGUGCCCUCAUUGACCCAUACAGCUACCCACCAAGGGGCCAGGAUUCUUCAAGUUCCUCAACAUCUCUGGACCCAGAUAAUGCCAGCUUUGUGGGGCCGUUUGACCCUGAAGAAUUACCAGUAGAGAUUCAGGAUGCGGUGUACGACCCUCGGAUGUUCGCCUCAAGUGAGGUGUACUUUGACCCUGACAUUAUAGACUUGACGUUACUACCGCCAUUCCCGCCAACAGAGGAGGAAAUGAGAGAACAAACGACCCUGGCAUCAACACGCCCACAGCAGAUGAUCACAAAAACAACACGCCCCAAGUCCCAGACCCAUCCUGCUCUGAUGAAACAGACAACUGUCCAAUCAUCUCCCUCUGAUAUGGGUCAUAUGAGGCCAGCUGUACAGAAAUCAGCUAGUGUUGGUUACUGUCCCGAUUUUCUAGAUCACGACAUAGAUGCAAUUAUAGAGCACCUGACUUUGCAACCCCCUCCCAGUAGCAAUGGGCAAGAUCAGGAACUAAAUGGUGAAGAUGCACUAGGAAACAGUUGGAAUGGUUCACUUCAGGCAAAUGGGGGAGAUGGGUUUGAAUUUGAAAAUAAGCAGCUCAGUAAAACUAUAGACUUAGGGUCACUAGGAAUGGAUGAGGAAUACAGUAGUCUUGUAAUCCCACCUCCACCGGAUGAGUCAUUUAGUUUACAGGACAUUGAUAUUGUGCCUGCUCCUGUUGAUUGUGUGCAAGAAAAGAGAAAGAUGUUCCAGAAACGGGAUUCAGAGGUGUAUUUGAAAAACUUUGGGAAGAAAGGUAUUAAGGGGCCAGCAUUAAAGUCUUCUGAGGAGGGUAGUGAUUUGGACAAAGAUGAUGUAGUGCCAAAACAGGACAGUAAGACAGAUGCUGGUAAAGAUAAGAAUGAAAAUGUGAACGGAGAUGUUCAGAACGAUACUUCUCCCGCUUCGGUUUCGGAGAAGUUAAAUGCGUUGUUGAACUCUCUGUCGUCGUACAGUCAGGAGGAAGAAGAGUCGAUGGGACAUUUUCGUCGUACUUCUUCACUACGACUUGGCCGGUGUGUCUCGUUAGACUUUCUUAAUGAGCCGAGGAAGCCAGAGGUGAAAGAAAAGAAUAGCGACCUUGUUGUUGGGUCUGUGAGAGUAAAGACUAAAGUGCGGCCAAAACUAAGCAUCGAGCGUCCAUUCCAGUCAGGUAGUGGUCAUGUUGCAUUGCCAUUGAAAACAAACUCUCUUGACAGGAUGACUAAUGGGGAAGCAAGUGGUUCAGAAAAACAGGCCAACCAUGCCAAACCUGCCUCGAGUAUCCAAAGAGCUCAGUCUGUUGAUGUGUUGCCGACAGAAAAAGAGGAUAAAUCACUUAGUGACAGAAGUGAUAGUGAUGCAUCAGUAAGUGAAAGUUUUGCUUCUCUGAAGGCAAAGCUGCAGUCAUAUAGAGACAGUCUACUCAACAGGAGUUUAAGACGCAAGAAAAAACUUGCCGAACACAGUACUUCAGAAGACAACGAAGGUGACAGAACCUCAUUGGAUGGAGAUAUAAUGCAACGAAGAAGUUCUCUCACAAGAUCAAACUCAUUUUCAUCUCUGAUUCGAAGAUCUCUGGGCAGAUCGUCAGGGAAAGAAGUUAAGGCUCGUUCUUCUUCAGCAACGCGGGAAGAAUCUCAAGAGAUGACAAAUGAGGAGGGGAAGGCUGCUGUGAAGGACAAGAAAUACUUUAACACGCUGACAACUCCGCGCCAAAACUUUCGACCAAACACUGGGACCAACCAAUCACAGGAUGAUUUCUAUGUUGCCAUUGACGACCAGUUGGAGUUAUUUCAGACGAAGCUGGGCUACAAGCCCCCGUUGCCCCCGGCAACCACUCCCUUGGUAGCCCUGGAGACAGGGGAGAGUCGUAGACAGAAGACAGGACCACUGAAGGCUCUCUCUAGCGUGUUUGACCAGCCGAAUGGUGACCCCAAUGCCCUUCUUGUCCCUGCUGCAUCCAAACGGGAAAAAUCCCCUAAACGUAUGGCCCCUAGGGCCCCAUCUGUAGAACUGAAGACAUCUUCUGCCUCUGCCAUCUCCUCCAGUCAAUCAGCAGGCUCCAAAGGCUUUGCAUCAUCUGUGAUGUCAUCAGUGACAUCAUCAGUGACAUCACAUGGGUCAAAAUCUGUGACACUCUCUAAGCCACUGUCAAUACCCACUGCGCCACCAAGAAAAAAGCAUGCCAACCUGCCAGUCAAUAGUGAAAGGUCAAAGUCACCUCUUAAUGAACAAAAAAGUAAAGACGAUUCCUCUAUAGAGAUGUCGUCAGCAACAAAAGUCAAUGUUAAAACCAGUCCAUUUUCAACAAUAGGCAAGAUGUGGAGACCGAUGUCCAUGACAACAAGUGCAUCCGAUGACAAAGAGGAAGAACAUUAUCAAACUUACAAUAACUUUGAUGUGCUAAGAGACAUGCAUUCAGAAAAAUUACCAUUAACAGCAAGCCCAAAAGAUCAGGUAGAAGACAUUAAAAUCAAUGGUCAUGGACAAAUGGUUAUUGCGGAUUCAGGGUCAUCUAAGUCAACCAAGCGUAGUAAGGUACUAACUGGAAAAGGAUCAGUGUCAGAAAAGAGCUUUGCAUUUUUGAAAGAAAAGGUUAGCUCCAGUCAAACCAACACUGUGAAACAGGUUCUUGAAACUGUUUACACGUCUGAAGACUUCGUUCAGGCCACUGGUGAUGUCGACCGAUUGCUUAAUGAGCUGAAAAACACUAUGGAGUCUUUGAAAUCUUCAAGGAUAGACAAACAGCCAGCUCAGUUUAAUAUGUGCAAAGAAGAGCUUCAGACUCAGGUGCGACAGUUUGUCACUGACGCUAAACUUCUUGUUAGUAAUGCAACACAGACGAAAGAGAGACUGGCAGGUAAUAUGGAUGCCAGUAUACACUCCCUAGCUAAGAUUUUCCUUCACGGCCAGGCGACAAUGUUCAUGAUGGAAGCUGUUCAUCAGGCACAGCACUUGGGCUCCGAGGUGAUCCGGGUGGCAAACGCGUACAAGAGCACACUGAAUGCAGCCCAUGCUGCUGUGGGGAAGCCUUUGUCAGACCCGCACAUGAAAUAUCUCAUGAGACAGGCGACUAAUCUCGCCUCAUUACUCAGCACCCUUCUCAAAAGUCUUAAAACUUUAGAGCAGAAAUGAUUAGACUUAUUAUACAGGUGUAGUUUCAAUAUUGUUAUGAUAAGCUGUUGUUACAUUGUGAAUUCCAUUGGUAUUAUCCUUCUGAAGACUUAGUUAGUUUGAAAGCAUAACCUAAUUUGUUAUGAAUUAUGUAAACAGAAGAUUAGUUAUUUCUUAGGUUUUAGAUAGAGUCAGAAUCAUUCCUUGUUGUCUAACUCUCUAGAAUCAUUUCAUAAAGAUGUCAGGGCUGGUUUUCAUAAACAUCUGAAGUCGUUUUCUUAACUUACGUUGAUUUCCUAGGUUUGCCACAUGUAGUCAAAUCAAAUAAAUUGUGGUCAGUAUAAAAGUAUGCAUAUUCAAACAAUUUAAUGAAAGGUAUAUGUAUUUAAUAAAAUAAUGAAAAGUAUGCAUAUUCAAUAAAAUUAUAUACAUAAUAAAAUUAAUAAAAAAAAGUAUUUUUGAUAUUAUUAAGUUAUUAUAUGGUAUGAUUAGUCGGGUAAUUUAAGUUAGGAAAAUGACUUGAGAUGUUUUAUGAAUGGGGGCCAGUUGAUUACUCUGUAUACAGCAACGUUGCAUCAUGUGCCAACACAUUCCAACAUUCUGUUCACUUGUACAUUCUUGUCAUUGAUUUCAGAUCUGUAUUAUACAUUAUAAACAUUGUAUUUAGGGUUUUAAAACAGUUUUGAUUUUCAUUCAUGUUUUUUUCAUAAAGCAGCUACUUCUGUUUUUGUUGAUAUGUGCAGAGUUAUUUUAUUACAAAUCAUGCGUUUACAUCCCUAUAUUUAACAGAGAUUUGUAUUCGACAUAAUAAAAUUAUCAUAAACCCAUGCAUAUUUUAAACCCAGGUAUCAACUGGUUUCAAACGUUCAAAAUGUUGAAUGAACUUUGAGUCUUUUCAAAUACAAAAUAUAAACUGUGUGUAAAUGCAUUUGUUAUUUUGAAAUCGUUUUGUACUCUUUUUAUAGUCAAAACAUAUAAAGCAGAUAUAUCCGUUCAUUCCUGUAGUAUGAAUUUCUUGUUCUUGUUUUUUUCGUAUGAAAUGAUGCUGUGACCUUUGAAGCUUUGGGCAUUUUUUACAGAAGCCAAUGAAAAAGAAAAUCAGUUAUAUAGAUAAAUAAUUCAGCUAAAAAUUGUACACUGCAACAACUGUUUAUUUCAGAACUUAAAAAUGUUAAAGGUAAUUAAACUAUUCAAUAUACAUGUGGCAUGAUGCUGAAUCAGAUUAAGACAACCCAGGUAUAUAAACUACCUACUGUUUAAAAUAAACAUAUCUGGAAUUUAGAUUUAUGUGGAUUUGUUUGUUCAGGGUAAUCACAUGAUCAGUAAAUUUCACCAUUCGUUUAAAGCUGCACUCUCAUAGAUUGACUGAUUUGACAUCUUUUUUAUUUUUUGUCUAAGAAUCAGCUGAUUUUGUCAUCAAUACCUUUAAUUCAGCCAUACAUGAUUAUUCACAAUAGAAUUGAACUCAAUUCAUAAGAAAACUGCCGAAAAAUUCAUUUUCCUUAAAGUGUUAGUAACACUUCUGGCUAUAAAACAUCCAUUUUGUUAAUAUUAGAAACUGUGAGCUGUACUUGCAUCAGCAAUCUUAUAUCAACGUUAUUCCAAGACAAAACGAUCAAAACUGUCUAUCUGUGAGAGUGCAGCUUUAAUACUAAUUAAUAAUUAUAAUAUCAGGGGGUUUGGUGUAAUGUAAAGUACAAAAAUUCAAAGUUGUUACAUGUAACUAUAUAAUAUAGAGCCAGUUGUUUUCGUCUUCCUGUGAUGUUGUUUCUUGUUAAACUUUGCUAACUUUCGUACAGUUUGUAGAUUUUUAUACAUUAUACAUGUAGUUAUUUAAAAGUAUUAGUAUACAUAUAGCAUUCAAUAGGUUUCGGUUAGCACCUCAAGUUGUUCAUUGUAAAGCUGCAUGAACAAAACAUAGGCUAAAUACCGUUAUUCACAGAACAUUAAUUACUGAUAUAAUUUACUAUAUGCAUAGAUAGCAGGAACAAAUUCAGUUUCAUUUCAAGUUUUUUCAAAAGAACAUGUAGUUUUGUGUUAUUAUUAAAAAUGAUAUUGCAAUAUUUGAUUGAAAAAAAACUUUUUUUUUCCAUAUUAUAUUGUGGUAACUCAACAUCAAACUAUUUGCUCUUACAAAGUUUUUAUAAAUGUUUAAUAAUUUAUACAGAAAGUAUCAAUAAUACCAAUAAUCUGUAAUCUAUUAUAAUAUAUUCCAAAUAAAAAAGGAAAAAUAAUAUAAUUGCUUCAAAUGUAGAAUCUAGUCCCUAUGAAUGCAUUUGCUCAGAUUAUUUAUAAACAAAAACAAUUAUUUUAGACAACAAAGAGUUUGUGAGUAUACUUAAAUGAUUUUAUAUGUUACUUCUCUUCACUCUGUUAAAACACCAAUACUUAAUCACCAAUACUUAAUGGUACAUCAAUUAAACCUCAUGUAUAAAUUAUAUCAAUUAACCUCAAACUUAAUUUCAGUGUUGAGUUUUUAUUGUAUCAGAUUAACCGUCAUUGUGAAAUAACCAUGACACUAUAGGCUGUGAUACAAGAUUAUGUUUAUAUUACGUUUUGUUUAUAAUCAAAAGUGCUUCUCCUACAACUCAUAUCCUUGGUAACUCAUAUUCUUGGUAUUGCACUGAUAUAUAAUUUUUAUCUGCUAGAAGUAUUGAGAUCUAAAGAGCGGUACAUCAAGAAUCCUUAAGAAUAUAUUUCAAAGUAUUUCCCGGUUGAACAUAACUCCUACCUCCAAAUUCCUUCCCUGGAUUCUUGAUUUAAUUGCCCCAGACUUAAUUAAUUUAAAAUAAUUCACAUUUUUUCUAGGAAUAUUUUAAGACUUUAUAAUGAGAUCUAUUCAUAGAAAUGUAGAUUUGAGAUCGCUGAAAUUAUCAUACAUGUAUCAUAUUAGGGGGGGGGGGGAAUAUGUAUAUUCCCCCAUUUUCUUCUGUCAUUAAAUACGACUCUUCUUGAACAAUAAUCAUAUGAACAACACUUGAAUAUCAUGUGCUAUACAUAAAUGUUGCACAAAAUAUAUGUUGAAAUAACAGAUAUACUCAAAUAAAGACCGAACAAAAUUAAUCUAGUUACUAUUUUCUUGCAUCUUGUCGGAUAAAGAUGGCGCUGGCAUAUUUUUCUCAAUUUAGGAAAAAAACAAUUUACAUGAAGCAUUGCCCUAGAUUAACAGCAUUGAUAUAUUUUGUAUUGUUAAGCUCGUUUAAAAAGUUUCAUCUUUUUUAUUGUUUUAUGUGCUUUUGAUAUGCGAUAUAUAUAAUAGUCUGUGACUAAAUCAAUUGUUUCUAAUGUUUUUCUGAAAUCUCACUGUAUAUUGGCCACUUGUGUUUCUGUCAGUAAAAAAUCUGUGUUUCUAUACAUGUACUUCUGUUGAUUUUUGUAUCCUUACAUUAAUUUAUGUUGACAUUCUAAAGAGGUUAUAUCAUAUUUACAAGUAUUGUAUGAAGAGAUAUUAUUUGUAUACCAUUUGAAUAUAUUACAAUUUUAUAAAGUUA